UGCUCUUGUCCUGAGAUAAAAUGUAUAUUUACUCAUGCGAAACAUCAUAUUUUCGUCUAAGCAGUAUUUUUUCGUUUGCCAUGCAUUCUCAUCAGAAUGUUUCAUCGGUAAUCUUUGAAUUUUCCUGACGUAUAAAAUCUUCAUAUCCAUGUAUGAAUACCAAGCUGUUUGAUCAUUAAUGCCAAGGAAGGAAAAUGCUACAUUUUGGAAAAAAUGUGCUAAUGACCUCAUCUAAUGUAUGAAAUUAUUACAAAGGAAAUGAAUCGUAUAAUUUGUGGUGCCUUGUGAAGAAUCAAAUGUGCAAAAUGAGUUCCAGUGAACCAGACGAAAAUUCUUUGAAAUCAACUGAUAUAUAUAAUCCAUACGGAGCUACUCCAGAAAAACCACAUGCUUGUAAUACGUGUGGCAGAGGAUUCAAGCUGAAGUCCGAUUUAAUGAGGCAUUAUCUCACCCACACAAAUUUACGACCUUUUGCAUGUGAUUUAUGUAACCAAGCCUUUAAUCGUAAAUCUCAUUUGACUCAGCAUUAUCUUGGUCACCAAAAUGCAAAAUCCUUUGUGUGUUCUGAAUGCAACAAAGGUUUCAAUCGUAAAUCUCAUUUACGUCAGCAUUAUCUUACCCAUAGCCAAGUGAGAUCCCAUGUAUGUGAUCUGUGUAACAGAGCUUUUGCCCGUAAACCUGAUUUGGUUAAGCAUUAUCUAAUUCAUACUCAUGAGAAGCCUUUCAUUUGUGAAGUUUGUAGUAAAGCAUUCAAUCAAAAAUCACACUUGAGCCAACAUUAUUUAAUUCACACUAAUGAAAAGCCUCAUGUGUGUGAUAUAUGUAAUAAAGCAUUUAAUCGGAAGUCACGUUUAACCAAACAUUAUCUCGUCCAUACAAAUAUAAAGCCUUAUAUAUGCAGUAUUUGUAAUAAAGGAUUUGAUGAAAGAUAUAGUUUAAAUAAACACUGUGUAGUUCAUACAAGUGAACGACCCCAUGUUUGUGAUAUAUGUAACAAAUCAUUUGCUCGGAAAUCAAAUUUGAAUCAGCAUUAUAAAAUCCAUCUGAAUCAAAGACUUCAUGUUUGUAAUUUUUGCAGCAAAGCAUUUAAUCAUAAGUGUAGUUUGACCAAGCACUAUCUGACCCACAGUGAUGAGAAACCAUUCAAAUGUAAUAUGUGUGAUAAAGCAUUUAAUCAAAAACAUCACUUGAUCCGACACUGUUUAAUCCAUAGCAGAGAAAAACCUUUAUCAGAAUUUGAUGAUUCAAUAGAAAAUGAUAUAAAAUCAAUACUACCAAAUUUAUAAUAAAGAGAUAAAGUAUUUCUAUUUUCUGUGUACUUAAAAAUUUGUAACAUUUUCUUUCUAGCCAGUGUGCAUUUACAUUAAUUUAUCUGCAAUAGGACAGUGAUAAUCAAUACUAAUUACAUUUUGAGAAAAUUUAAAUUAUUAUGAGCUAUUUAUGAAUGCUUAUUUGUAUCAUAACUGUCCUUUAUUUAAUUUAUUAUGAUGUAUAGAAAUAUAAGUUCUUUCUAUCAUUUUUAAAGCAACAUUUGUACACUAAUUUUCAAUAAUUUUUAUUUCACAUUUGAUUUCCCCCCCCCCUUCAAGUUGAUUAUUGAAUCUGCAUUUUUAUGAUUUAUUUCAUACUUUUCUUUUGAAGUUAACAAAGAGGUGCAUCAGAUACAGACAUUUUAUUAUAAUUACAUUAGAUCUCUGUAAGCGGUUUCACUUAUGAGCUAUUUCACUGCUACCAAACUAAUGGAAUAAUAGUCCAUUUAUUUUAAAUUUCAUUCAUGGUCAUGAGAAUAAUUGUUCUGCUUUUUUUAAUUAAUGAAAAUUUUCAAUUUUUUUUAUUAGUUAAUAUAGUUUGUCCAUCAUGAGAAGAUGGUUGCUAAGUAAGUAUAGUAUAUCAUAUGAGCCCAUUUUGAUAAGUUAGGAGAAAUCAACAUAGUCAUAUUUAUUUCAUCUCUUAUUAUUUCUCCAUAAUUAGUACUCUGUUUUGUACUUUUGUCUCCCUCAUCAAAUGUACUCCUCUGUAUAAGGUUUUAGCCUUCUCAUACUAUAUGCACUCCAUUACUGACAGAAAAUAAGAUGCCACGGUGCUAAUGGAAUGAUAUGUUCUUAAUCAAUUUUUGAUUCAGAGAAAUCAAAUAGAUUUUCUGUAGAUUGUUUGGUAUACUCACUUUGUGGAAAUUCUUUUUAAAGCAAUUUUUCAAAAUUGAUUUUGCCUUUUUUGAGAAAAUUUCAAAAUGAAAGAUUUAUGUUGUCAACAAUUAAAUAGAACAUUUUUUUAUUAUUAUUGAGUUAAAAAUGAGUUAUUUGUUUCAUUAUUAUUGUUGAUACAAGAAUAGGAUGCAGUGGUGCUAAUGAAAUAAAGCAGUUUUUGAUUCAAAGAAAUCAAAUAGAUUUUCUGUUGAUUGUUCGACUUACUCACUUUAUGAAAAUUCUUUUUAUAGCAAUUUUCAAAAUUGAUUUUGCCACUUUUUAGAAGAUUUCAAAAUAAAAGAUUAAUUCUGUCUACACUGAAAUAAAACGUUCUUACUUAUUGAGUUAAAAAUAAGAAUUUUUUAUUGGCGCAACCAUUUGCUAGUCUUAAAAUUAUUUCUAAAGUCGUAGAUUUUUUAGCUUUCUUCCUGCAAACAGUCUAUUUUCUACUACGUCGAUUUGUUAUGUUUGGAAUCUGUUUGAUUUUCACAAUCUUAACUUUUCCUAUUUUGUGUGAUUGUAAACAAUGUGUUAGAGAAAAAUUGUGUAGCAAAGUGUUAUUUUUUUCAAAUGUGUAUGGGUCUUCAUUUUAAUGUAGUUUUAAAAAAAAUUGUUAAUCGAUGAUGAAUUUUGUUGUAAGUCAAUAAAAUUUACGAAAUUGGUACUUCCUACAUUAACUGCUUGUCAAUGAUCUGCAUGGUUAAUAGACUAACAUUAUAUAUUUGGCAAUUAAUUAUUGGUAUACAGUUAAUACACAAAUACCAUAAGAAUUUACAAUUAAAAUCAUUUUUAUUUAAGGUUAAAGUAUAUUAAUAGAUUGUUUGAAAGUAAUAUUUUUAAUAGUAUUCCUUUAGUUUUACAGCAGCUGUUCCUAAUCAUAAAUAUUGACAUGAUAUGUUAUAUUUCAAAGGGUUUGGUGGGUAUUGUAUCUUUAUGCCUUGAAGUUGUAAUAAAAAAUGACAUGUUCUGUGAUAUAAGGUGGCUGUAAUGGUAGUGAAUAUGCUUGAUAGUUUGGCUAUUGUUUAUUUAACCCCUUGAACUGCAAUUUAUAUUUAGUCAAUUUUAUUCUGACAGACAUGGUUGGCCUGUUUUCUAUUAUAUUAUUUGAAAUUCUAAAAGGAGAAAUGAUAGAGGAGUUUAGUUUUUUUCAUAGAAAAACAAUAGGCAUAGGUUUUCUGAAAAAAACUUUUUUGUGAAUGAAACUCUUUAUGAAGAGCAUCAACCCUCAAUUUCUGGCAAAUACAAAUCACCACUGUCAGCUUGCUCAAGAACAUCCAUGAGGAACUGGACUUGUCGUUUCAAUUCAAGGGGUUAUUUAAAGAUACUGUAUUUUCCUGUUAUAGAUCAAAAAUAAUGUAUUUGUUUAUUUUAGUGGUUCUUGAAACCACUGAAUGUUCAGAUUAUUUAACCAAGUUUUCAAGUUUCUCUGUUUAUUAAGAUUUGGAUUGAGUUGCCACAAAAUAAUAUUGUUCCUAAAAUGUCCAUAUAAAAUAAUGUGACUAUUUUUCAUAAAAUAAAUACAAUAUAUUCCUUGUCAGAAUAUUACAGUGAACAAUUUACAGAACAGUAUAUUUUUAAUGCAGUUUAUUUCAACUCCAUUUAACUUUUUGUGAAAGGAAUUCUUUUUAAGCACAUAUGUGUUAUUAAAAUUCUAAUAAAGAAAGUAGUGAGUUAGUCUUUCAUUUUUAUACUGAGUUUAAUAUAGACUACGAUUCUAUAUUCAUUAUGGAGUUAGAAACUUAAAUGAAUUUAGUUUAAGUUUCUAGUUCUAUUGCGAAUAUAGAAUCGUGAAUUUAGUUUGUCAAUGUUAUUUAAGUCCAGUAAGUUUGUCAAUGUUAUUUAAGUCCAGUAAAUUCAAAGUAUAUUUGAAAUAGAAAUAAUUUGUUUAGAUCUUUUAAGUUAACUUUUUGUAUGAUAUUGUUUAACAUACACAAAUGUUGAUUGGUCUGUUUUCUAUUAUAUGUAAAUACAUACAUUUCUAUAUUAUUUAUUUGAAUAUUUAUUAAGUGUGUUACUAGUUAAAUAUGAAGAUAACUAUGAAGUUGAAUGCUUAUGUCUGAAUAUUUACUCUGUUCAUUGAAAGUUCCAAAAUGUUAGCGAAUUUUUCUGUAAAAAAAAUGUCAAUAUUCAUUGGAUACAAAAAUUUAGGAGCUUUAUUUGUAUUGAAAGAUUAUUUUAAUCCUUUAUUGUUAUAAGAUUAUAAAAUGUUGGUCAGUAAUUAUUAGUAUAACUAUACUUAAGAAAUUUUAACUGCUGUUAUACA